UCGCCGUUCUCGCGAGACUCGGCCGGGCCGGCGCGGCGAGGCCGAGGCGCUCCGGGCCCUGCUCGAAGGAGCCGUAGCGGGGCCGCGGCCCGGCCGCGAAAUGGCGGAGAGCGACAGGGCGGAGGCCGCGGCUGCCGCGCCGCUGCGGGGGGCCGAGGAGGCCGCCGCCGCCAGCCAGCCGCCGCCUCAGCAGCAGCAGCAGCAACAACAGCAGCAGCCGCUACCACCACCACCACCACAAAAACAGCCGCAGCAGCCGCCGCGGGCUGAGGAGGCAGCGGCGACAGCAGCCGAGAGCGGCGGGGGCAGCGCAAAUGGCGUCAAAAUGGAGAAUGAUGAGACAGCAAAAGAAGAGAAAGCACCAGUGAAAGAGAAGUUUGCUGCAAAACCAAAGGCAAUCCCUUCUCUUGGAAACAAGAAUAGAUUCCACCCCUAUGCAAAGGAGAAGAAUGCGGGCAGUGGAGAGAAGAAGGCUGUUAAUCGUAAUCGAGUUUUCAUUAGCAACAUCCCAUAUGACAUGAAAUGGCAGGCUAUUAAAGAUCUUAUGAGAGAGAAAGUUGGUGAGGUUACAUACGUGGAGCUGUUUAAGGAUGCUGAAGGAAAAUCAAGGGGUUGUGGUGUGGUUGAAUUCAAAGAUGAAGAAUUUGUUAAGAAAGCAUUAGAAACUAUGAACAAGUAUGAUCUUAAUGGAAGACCCCUGAAUAUUAAAGAGGAUCCUGAAGGUGAACAUGCCCGCAGGGCAUUACAGCGUGUAGGAGGACAGUUUCCAGGAGGACAAGGACCUGAUAUGGCACCUGGAUUAAUGAAUUUACCACCUUCUAUUGUCAACAAUCCAAACAUUCCUCCUGAGGUUAUCAGUAACUUGCAGGCAGGCAGGCUUGGCUCCACUAUUUUUGUUGCUAAUCUUGACUUUAAAGUUGGCUGGAAGAAACUAAAGGAAGUAUUCAGCAUUGCUGGAACUGUAAAGCGUGCAGACAUCAAGGAGGAUAAAGAUGGCAAGAGUCGAGGAAUGGGAACAGUUACUUUUGAACAAGCAAUUGAAGCUGUUCAAGCAAUAUCUAUGUUCAAUGGACAAUUCCUGUUUGAUAGACCCAUGCAUGUAAAAAUGGAUGACAAAUCAGUCCCUCAUGAAGAUUUCCGUGUUGCAGACAGCAAAGGUCCACAAUUACCUCGUGGCCUUGGUGGCAUUGGUAUGGGACUUGGACCAGGUGGACAGCCCAUCAGUGCAACACAAUUGAACAUGGGUGGUGGAAUGGGGAACAUGGGUCCAGGAGGGCUUCCUGGAUUUCGUGGAAUGGAAGGAAUGGCUAAUAUGGGAGGAUUUGGAGUCAGUCGAAUGGGAGAAAUGUUCCGUGGUGGAAUGGGAGGAAACAUGGAUAGAGAUUUUGGUCGUAGUGAGAUGCAAUUGAACCGUGGUUUUGGAGAUUCUUUUGGAAGAAUGGGUGGUGCAAUGAUUGGUGUUUUUGCAGGAGGAAUGGGAGCGCCUAGAAUGGGCCCAGUAGGAUCUGGAAUGAGCGGUGGAAUGGGUGGUAUGAACAAUAUGGCUGGAGGAAUGGGAAUAGGCAUGGAUCGGAUGAGUUCUGGUUUUGAUCGAUUGGGACCAGCUAUGGGUGGAGGCCCAGACAGGAACAUGGAUAUAGAUCGAGGAUUUGUGCCUGGCCCAAUGGGAAGUGGAAUGAGAGAGAGAUUAGGCUCUAAAGGCAACCAGAUAUUUGUGAGAAAUCUCCCUUUUGAUUUGACCUGGCAGAAACUGAAGGAGAAAUUCAGUCAGUGUGGUCAUGUAAUGUUUGCAGAAAUAAAAAUGGAGAAUGGAAAAUCAAAGGGCUGUGGAACAGUCAGAUUUGACUCGCCAGAAUCUGCUGAAAAGGCCUGUAGGAUAAUGAACGGCAUAAAAAUCAGUGGCAGAGAAAUUGAUGUACGCUUGGAUCGCAAUGCAUAAUUUAAAAUUGUGUGUUCAGGAACAUUCCUAUGUCUGUUUAGCUUCUCUAUCCUAGUAAGUCAUUUUUAGUAACAUUGUAUGCUUACAAAAGCUGUAAAAACGAACUUUUAAAUCCCACCAGCCUUUAACAGUAUAGUGUUUAAUAUACUGUGAUACUUGUUAACUGAAUCUUACAAUGUUUGGUUUUUAAAGACAAUUUGCCUGAUUUUUGUUGUUUUUUUUGGAGGCACUGAGCACCUGCAGGUCCCGUUAAACUCUGGGAACUUUGGAUGCUCAGCGCCUUUGGAAAAUUAGGCCAAGUGUCUCUAGUCAUUCAGUUUAAAUGAAUGGUUAUACUGUUUUUAAUAAAAUAAGCCAUUUUCUCUGUUAAGAUUGCAUAGUGGGAUUUGUUUAGUGUUUUCUGAUUUUUAUUUCCCCCCCCAGCAUGUAUCAGCAUCGUAAUGUAAAAAAUAGGUGUCCUUUUUCCAGAGUUUUGGUUUUAUAUGCUUGUUGUUGUCGUACUGUAAUUCUUGACUCUAAAGGAAAGGGCUCCAAUUAGGCUGUGAUGUUUCUGUUCUACUUAAUAUUACUUUAAUGCCGUGACUUAGUUCUGUAAAUAAGAUCUAGAGCCCAAUGGGAAUUUUGGAUUUUUUUUUUUUGUAAUUUGACUAAAUGAAGAAACUGA